AUGUUGAUAGAUAAAGAAACUAAAUAUGAUAGACAACUACGAUUAUGGGCAUCAACUGGACAAUCAAAGCUUGAAAACUCUCAUAUAUGUUUAAUAAAUGCAACUGCAACUGGUUGUGAAAUCAUAAAGAAUUUGGUUUUACCAGGUAUAGGAGCUUUCACAAUUAUAGAUGAUAAGAAAGUAACCAUCCUGGAUUUAUCAGGAAAUUUCUUUUUAACUGAUAGUGAUAUUGGUAAAGAUCUAGCCACGGCUGCUAAAGAGAAUCUUAACGAAAUGAAUUAUGAAGUUAAAGGUUAUGAUAUAAUCAAAUCAAUUGAUUCCAUAUUAAAUAGUGAGGAAGACGACGAUGUAUCUCUUUGGGAUACUUUCAAUGUGGUGAUUGUAAGUGAUUACUGUUGUCAAUUGGAUAAAUUGAAGCAAUUAUUAUGGAAUAAGAAAAUCCCUUUAUUGAUAGUAAAUACAAUUGGAUUCUAUGGUUCAUUGAAUUUGAUAUCUCAUGAAACAACCGUAAUUGAAACUCAUCAAUCGAAUAAAUUAUACGAUUUAAGAAUUGAUAAACCGUGGCAUGAAUUAGCACAAUUAGUCGAAAAUACAGAUUUAGAUUCCUUCAAUGAUAUAGAUCAUGCUCAUGUCCCUUCAAUAGUGAUUCAUAUCAAAGCAUUAAAUGCUUGGAAGCGUGAUCAUGAUAAUAAACCUCCAAAGACAAGAGAUGAGAGACUUGAUUUCAAAAAGCAUUAUAUAACGACUUUAUCAAGAAAUAUUAACUUGGAAGGAAAUUUCAUAGAAGCACUUGAUUCAUUCCAUAGAGCUUUAAGACCUACUGAAAUUCCUUAUUCCUUACAAGAAUUAUUCAACAAUAAUCAAAUAUUUGAUGAAAAUCUUAAUUUAUCCACUCCAAUUUUCUGGAUUUAUAUAAAAGCAUUGAAAAACUUUGUUGAUCAGAAUGAUGGUUUACUACCAUUACCAGGUUCAUUGCCUGAUAUGGAAUCAGAUACAGAAAGUUUCAUUUCAUUGAAAUCAAUUUAUAGAGAAAAAGCCAUUCAAGACCAAACUUUGUUUUAUGAAGAAGUCAUUAAAAUGUUAAGAUCUUUAGGAAGAUACGAUGAUGAAAUAAGUAAGGAUUCAAUCACAACAUUCUGUAAAAAUGCUCAAUCAUUACAUGUGUCUUAUGGAUCUGACAAAUUAUAUGAUUCAAGUCUUCUCCAAGAAUUAUUAUCGCCUAGUCCCGAUCAGACUUUAGUGAAUGUUUAUUUCUCCAUCCUUGCAUUUAACACCUUUAUAACGGAGUUUGGUAAACUGCCAUCUGCAACAAAUAUCGAAGAUUUCACAAAGAUUUUUAAGAAUUCAUUUGGCAUUAAAGAAGAUGCACUUUCUUCUUCUCUAAAGGAAACUAUUCAGGAGUUAUUGGCUCAUAGUAGUCGUAGUUAUCAUAACUUGAGUAGUUUGAUGGGUGGGAUCGCCAGUCAAGAGGUUCUUAAAUUAACUACAGCUCAAUAUAUUCCUCUUGAUAAUGUAUUUGUAUUUGAUGGAAUUCAUUCCCUGAGUAAUAAAUGGAAAAUAAAUUCAUGA